CACUCCUCAAUCCAUACCUUCUCUUCUUCCUAUAAAACCCCAAUCCUUCUCACCUUCUUUCACAUUAGAGCGAGCACACAAAAAUUCACUACUCCCUCAAAGCACCGAAACAUUUCGAGAAAGGAAAAGGAGAUGGACCUAAGGGUGGUUGGCCUUGAAAACCCCUUCUUCUCAGCCCUCCAUCAGAUGCUGCAGGACCCGCACAUCCCUCAAGACGAAGAGGGCCCCACACGAACCUACGUCCGCGAUGCAAAGGCCAUGGCCUCCACUCCUGCGGAUAUCAAGGAGUAUCCAACGAAGUACGUUUUCGAGGUGGACAUGCCGGGCAUCAGAUCGGCAGAUAUCAAGGUCCAGGUCGAGGACGACAAGGUGCUCGUCAUCAGCGGCGAGAGGAAGAGGGAGGAGGAUAAGGAAGCCAAGUAUGUGAGGAUGGAAAGGAGGGUUGGAAAGUUCAUGAGGAAGUUCUCUCUGCCGGAGAACGCGAACGUGGAUGCGAUCUCGGCCGUGUGUCAGGAUGGGGUGCUGGCUGUGACGGUGGAGAAGCUGCCACCUCCGGAGCCCAAGAAGCCCAAGACCAUUGAGGUGAAGGUCGUGUGACCAGAAGAGAGAGGCUGUCGCAUUUCCUUUUGUUGUUCUCUUAUAUCUAAUAUCUGUAUUUCUGUUUUUUUUU